AUGAUCCACCGUAUACGAAACUUGCUACCGAGUUUCAGACUUUAUUCUACAGUAAUACAAGCAGCGGAUACAACAUUACCUCAACUUCACCCAUUAUUAGUUCAACGUGCUGAUUUUUUGCGAAAUGAACAUAAUGAAUUGUCGAAAAAGUUGGAUUCGUAUGACCCCGAACUUCAAAUCCAGUUUGAUAGAAUAUCGCAAAUAAUGGACAGGUACAAGAAGUUUACGCUACUCAGCGAAGAGAUAGCAGAGCUUUCAAGGAUAAAAGACAGUGAGUUAAUUGAGGAUGCAAAAGUUGAGAUUCAGUCAUUGGUUCCAGAAUUGCAAGAGUUGUGCAAUGAGUUGAAAGCCAAAUUGUUGCCACCGGUAAAAUAUGCCGAGUGUAAAACUAUGAUAGAGUUAAGGCCGGGAGUUGGUGGGAACGAGGCUAGUUUGUUUACAGAAGAUUUACUACAAAUGUACGUCAACUUUGCAAUGUUCAAAAAUUGGAAAUACAAGAUCGUAUCAACAGGAAAAACUGCCAGUGGAUUUAUCAAUGAGGCGAUAUUGUCUAUUGACGAGCCUGGGUCUUACGAUGUAUUACGUCACGAAAGUGGUGUUCAUAGGGUGCAAAGAGUGCCCGAGACUGAGUCAAAAGGUAGAAUCCAUACAUCAACAGCAGCAGUGGUUAUUCUACCUAAACUAUCGGAUGGAACUGAACAGAGUUUACGCAAUGAUGAGCUUCAGUUUAAACCGGGCGAAGUGCGAAUCGAUACCAUGCGAGCCAGCGGGAAAGGAGGACAGCAUGUCAACACUACUGAUUCGGCAGUUCGAUUAGUGCAUAUUCCAACUGGUUUAAUUGUUACCCAGCAGGAUGAAAGGUCACAGCCACAGAAUAAGGCCAAGGCAUUUGCCAUAUUGCGUAGUCGAUUGGCGGAACGGGAGCGGAUCGAAGAGUUGGAGAAGCAAAAGAAUCUUCGAACGUCGCAGGUGAAAACUACUGACCGCAGUGACAAAAUAAGGACUUACAACUACCCCCAGAACAGAAUCACUGACCACAGAUGUGGAUAUAGUUUACAUGACAUUGAUGGAUGUAUGAAAGGGGAAAAGUUGCAAGAUAUUAUAGACAAGGUGAAGGAAGUGGAAUACAAGGAAAGGUUGGACGAGAUGGUGGGAGCUCAUUCCACGGGCGAAUCUGUAGAGGGAAAUAUGAAAUAG